UGGAUGUGCUCGGUGCUCGGCGGGGCUCCCUGGCGAUGCUGGGGAACUCACUAGUGGGAGAAGCGGCGCUCACCAGGCUGGCAGCUCUUGGUGCCUUCCCCUUCCUGGCCUGGCAUUCUGGGGCUGUGGCAGGAAAAAGGAGAAGGAGGUCCUACGGUUGGCUGACAGGAUUUUGCUUUCUCCGGGCCUGGUGAGCGGUACCUGGAGACAAGGAUGAGGCGGUGAUUGGCCUCGGCUGGACUUACGGAAGCGCCAUGAACCUGUUGCCUUCUAACCCUCACGGCAAUGGACUCCUCUUCGCAGGCUUCAACCAGGACCACGGUUGCUUUUCAUGUGGGAUGGAAAAUGGAUUCCGAGUCUACAAUACUGAUCCACUAAAAGAAAAAGAGAAACAAGAAUUCCUUGAAGGAGGAGUUGGCCAUGUGGAAAUGUUGUUCCGUUGCAAUUAUUUAGCAUUAGUUGGUGGUGGAAAAAAGCCAAAAUAUCCCCCCAAUAAAGUGAUGAUAUGGGAUGAUCUUAAAAAGAAGACGGUUAUUGAAAUAGAAUUUUCUACAGAAGUCAAAGCAGUCAAACUGCGACGAGACAGAAUUGUGGUGGUUUUGGACUCCAUGAUUAAAGUUUUUACUUUCACACAUAAUCCCCAUCAGUUGCAUGUCUUUGAAACCUGCUACAACCCUAAGGUAUCAAGCUUAAAUUGGCACAGCCUGGAUUGGGUAACUACUACACUGGAUGACAGGCAUCAAAAGGAUCUUAAUAGACUGGAGCACUUGACUGAAUUUAGUGAGAUGAAAUUUAUCAGGAAUAUAUGUAAAGUCUUACACUCAGGUCUAUGUGUUUUGUGUCCAAAUAGCAACAAUUCUCUCCUGGCAUUCCCUGGUACACAUACUGGCCAUGUGCAGAUAGUGGAUCUGGCCAACACAGAAAAACCUCCAGUUGAUAUCCCAGCUCAUGAAGGAGUCCUAAGCUGUAUAGCUUUAAACCUCCAGGGAACAAGAAUUGCAACAGCAUCUGAAAAAGGGACCCUUAUAAGAAUAUUUGAUACUUCAUCAGGGCAUUUAAUCCAGGAACUGAGAAGAGGAUCUCAAGCAGCAAAUAUUUAUUGUAUUAAUUUUAAUCAGGAUGCUUCACUCAUCUGUGUAUCAAGUGAUCAUGGAACAGUGCACAUUUUUGCAGCUGAAGAUCCCAAAAGGAACAAGCAGUCUAGUUUGGCAUCAGCCAGUUUUCUUCCAAAAUACUUCAGUUCCAAAUGGAGUUUUUCCAAAUUUCAGGUUCCUUCAGGCUCUCCAUGCAUUUGUGCCUUCGGAACAGAGCCAAAUGCUGUCAUAGCAAUCUGUGCGGAUGGCAGCUAUUACAAGUUCUUAUUCAAUCAAAAAGGAGAAUGUUCCCGUGAUGUCUAUGCUCAAUUUCUAGAAAUGACUGAUGACAAGCUUUGACCUUGCAAGAGAAGUAUUUGGACUGAAGUACUGCUGAGUUAUUCUGCAACACUUGGAGGACUCAAUACUAACCUGUAGUAUUCCCCAGUUCUGGUGGAAUGUAGGCCUCACUGAGGAACAGGCUCCAGGGAACUAACCAGGAAGAGUCUUGGUUGGGAAGUAACGUACCAUUAUUUGAUUUCCUUUUAUAAGUGAGGCCUCACAUUUCUCGCAUGAAUGGAAAAGGAAACAAAUCAGUGUGCCAGGGUGAGCACUCAGGUGGUUUUUCAACAGCUUGAGCUUUUUCUUGGUUUAUUUUCUUUAUUCUAAUGAUGAAGUUAGCUUUACAAGUUCAUUUGUACCCUCUGUACCAAAACAAGCAGGAGUUUUGUACAGGGGAUUGGACUAGUUCGGAUAUUGACAUUUGUUUAGGCAAUAGCUUACAUCCUUUUCAUUGAGCCUUUUGGUGGGGAAAUGAACUAUUUAUGUAAAUACUAGUUCUUGUAGUGUAACAAGAUUUUAAAUAGAAUAGGAAAACCAGCAGCUUGCCUUAGUACAGAAGAAAUGCAUUCCUUCUUCAGAUCUAAAAACACAAAGAGGAAAAAUACACAAAAUAUGCUUUAGCAAUUGCAGUCUGAAUUCUUUCUCUACUUAAAGUCACCAGUGCAGGUCUUUAGGUUUGUUUUAUUCAUGUAUACACAUGUGCUGACUUUGAAUGUUGGUAUAUGGAGUUAGGAACAUUAAUACAGAAGCUAGAACAGACUCUCCAACUUUGCUAAGGCUUAUUGCUGACAGGAGUAAUUUCUCCUCAGAUAGAAAUACAGCCCUGAGGAGAGUGAAUCCAUCUUAAUUUCAGGGAAAAACAGAGUAAGUGGAACAAAAUAUCAAAAACAGAUUUUUUUAGAAGUUCUUAUCAGUGACUUUCAGUUUAGACAGUAAGAUUUGGCAUUUAUUCCAGUGAUGCCAUACUGCUGCAUUCCAAAGAGAGUGAGCAAGAGUGUAUGAAACUCAUUUAUAUUUCUGUUGGUGCUUAGUUUGGGUACUUCACUGUUACCUUUCCCUGUAACAUCAUUUUUCCGCACUGUUAUAAAAGUGGCUACACACUAAUUAUUUUGGAAACGAAAGGCACAUAGCAUUUUGGAACUAAAAUAGAAUAUUGUUAUGGGAUCUGUGUUGUUAACACUGCUUAUGUAAGGUUUUGCUUGAUUGUAAAUUACCUUGAGACUUAAUUUUAUGUGUUCCCGGUUUCACAUCUCACUUUGUCUAAAAGAUCUGUACCUGCGAGGUCUUUCCAUUUUGCCUGAUUCUUGACAGUGUCAUGUUAUAUUGACUAACUUUUAUGUAAAGUAUGCAUGUUCCUUUUGUGUGGAUUUAAUCAUGAAAAUUCAUUUUGCACAUUUAUUUGUAACAUUUCUUUUAAAUAAAAAUGAUUAAUUUUGUUGUA